UAAUAACCUUUUUUUCACCGAUAAAGUAACGUUUACUAAACGAGGUGUUUUUAAUUGGAAAAACAAUCAUUUGUGGGAGUUCGAAAAUCCACAUGCUCUAAAGAAACGACAUUUUCAGCAUGAAUUAAAGCGGCAAACCUGAGCUUAUGCGGUAUGUGUUGUCGUCCCAUUAACGACAGAUUUUUAUUACGUAUUAUGGAUGUGUCCUACCAUGAACAAUGCGUCCAAUGCUGUUCAUGCGGGGACAGAUUGCAUCACACCUGUUUUGUGAAAGAUUCUAAGCUUUACUGCCGGUUUGACUAUGAUAGACUAUUUAUUAAAAAAUGUCUGGGUUGCUCCGAAAGGGUAUCACCCGAAGAACUAGUGAUGCGAGCCAGCGACAACAUAUUCCACCUACGGUGUUUCAUAUGUGUGGUAUGCGGAAUCAGGCUACAAAAAGGCGAUUUGUAUGUUAUUAAACAAGGUCAGCUCUUUUGUAGGACGGACUAUGAGAAAGAAGUGGAAAUGAUGCAAGGUUUCGGAUACGGUGAAUACAUAUGCGAUGACGUUAUUCCAACAAACAGGUCCCACGAUGGUAGGAGAGGACCAAAACGACCUCGGACUAUAUUAACCACACAGCAAAGAAGAGCCUUUAAGGCUUCUUUCGAAGUUAGUCCAAAGCCCUGCCGGAAAGUUCGGGAAGCCUUAGCGAAAGACACUGGUCUAAGUGUCAGGAUUGUCCAGGUGUGGUUUCAAAACCAACGAGCAAAAAUGAAAAAAAUGCAAAAGAAGGCUAGACAAGAUCCCAAAGGUGCCAAAGACCCGGAUGAAAAAGAGAAAUUGAGCGUUAAAGAAGAAGAACCCAGUCCUCACUCUACGCCAUUCUUUAAUGAUAGCUGUAGCGACACUGAAACGAACGGAGAGGAAAAUAUGUUGCAAAGCCAAGAAAAUUCUCAAUUUCCUCACAUAAAAGAGGAAAUCGAAAAUGACAAUUUCUUUUAUAAAAGAAAUUCAAACGUUCCAUUGCAUUCAUUUUCUGGUUUGGAUCUUAAAAGACGCGACGAAAACUACCUGGUACCACCAUUCCCAAACAGUUUGGACUCGACCAAUAACCCGAUCUUCAUGCUGUCCGCCCAAUCUUCACAGCAUACUCACUCAGGCCUAAACCCAAUCGAUCGACUAUACUCCAUGCAAAACUCUUACUUUUGCAGCGAAGACUCGGAGCCCUGAAAGGAACUUUUAGCUGAGCUGAUCCGAAAACAUUUGGAGAUGUUCGGUAGACCAACAGGAUCCGUUAAAAAGGAGAAAUAGUUACGUACAUACAUGUUUUGAUUAUUAUUUUUGUAAUAUAGGAUUUGCUUUUAAUACUA